AUGCGCUUCAGCACUACUCUCGCCGUCGCCGCGGUUUCCUGCGGCCUCGCCGCUGCCGCUCCUGCCAGUGGUGAGGUCCAGGUCAACUCUGAUCUGCGCCUCAUCAAGACCUCUGAGGAGGAUCCCGGCACCUGGGUCACUGAGGACGACAAGUUCGAGAAGUACACCUCCAAGGGCAUUGGCUUCAUCGACAUUACCGACAUCUCCGAUAAGGGUGUUCUGAGCGUUCUCUCGACCGCUCCCGAGAGCGGCAAGCAGCUGGCCUCUCGUCAGGCUGUCGUGUACCCGAACACUCUUUCCCACGUCACCGAGGCCAACUCUCUCAUUAGCAGAGUCAGCAACACCAACCCUCAGACUUGGCUUCGCACCUUAACCAACUUCCAAAACCGUCACUACCGCUCUUCUUAUGGUACCGAGGCCUCCACCUGGCUCUACAACCAGGCCGUCACCAUUGCCUCCGGCUACUCUGCCAUCACGGUCUCCCGCUUCACCCACUCCUUCAACCAGCCUUCCAUCAUUGUCAAGUACCCCGGUACAAGCUCCAACCUGAUCAUCGUUGGCGCUCACUAUGAUUCCACCGCUGGAUCCACCACCGCCCGUGCUCCUGGCGCUGAUGACAAUGGUACUGGCACCGUCAAUCUUCUAGAGGCCCUCCGCGUUCUUGUUGCUGCUGGCUUCCGCCCUCAGAACACCAUCGAGUUCCACUUCUACGCUGGCGAGGAGGGUGGCCUCCUCGGCUCCCAGGCUGUCUUUUCCAACUAUCGAUCUUCUGGCAAGCGUGUCCUCGGUAUGCUGAACCAGGACAUGACUGGCUACUCUCCCGGCGGCAAGGCCACUGUGUACACCGACUACGUUGAUACGGCCUUCACUGCCUACGUCCGACUCGUCACCACUCAGUACACCGGCGCAACCCCCUCCAGCUCUUCCUGUGGCUAUGGCUGCUCUGACCACGCCAGCGCCCGAUCCAAUGGCUUCCCUGCUGCCUUUGUCAAAGAGGAGCCCUUCAGCACCUCCAACCCCAAGAUCCACACGUCCAGAGACACCUAUGAGAGCGUUCAGUGGAAUGCUAUCCUCCGCCACUCGAAGCUCACAGUGGGCUUCCUCGUCGAGGCGUCUUAUCUGGCUUAG